AGUAAAAUAUUGAAAAACGGUGGUGUUUUCCUUUAAGACAUCCCAAAGUAUCAACAGAUGUGACACUUACAAAGUAUUAUGGUCACAUUGAUACACAUUGUCAUUUGUAUUAAUCCGUGUUUUUCUUCCCAGUCUUUAUUGAUGGGAAAAGUCAACAUUAAUUGUAAAUCGCAGUCAGUCAUGGUUGGAUGUCUGUGUGAAUUCCCACCCAAUGCUACUGGCUUCAGUUGAUCUAUCACUGUAAAGGAAAAAACUGUAGGUUGCAGUUCUGGAGGAAAGCAUGGAACUGACAAAGUUCAGCUUUAAUCCCAAGCUGGGAAUUGACAAUCCAGCCAUGAUGACUGCAGAUGAUACAGAGCCGGCAUCAGAUCUCUCACCGCGUGUUUGUGUGUUGAAGAGAGAGAACGGAGAGACCUUUGGGUUCCAAUUGAAAGUGGAAAGAGGGAGACAGGGUCACAUUAUCAGACAGUUAGAGUCACAGGGUGUGGGAUGGAGGAGCGGGCUCAAGGAUGGGGACCGACUGCUUGAAGUCAAUGAGAUGUUUGUAGACAACUUGGGACACAAAGAGGUGGCCCGAAGGAUCCAGGUGAAUGGUUCACACGUUUGCCUCAUGGUGUUGGAUGGUCAGGUCUAUGAUCAGACUGUGUCCAAGGGUCGUGAUCUUGAGGAACUGGCUAUAGUCAACCGUGGGGAAGGAUGGAGACCGCCUCGUCUCUGCCACAUCACAAGGGGUGUUGCAUCUGGGCUGGGCCUCAACAUACUCCCCAUAGAGGGCGAGAAAGGCAAAUUCAUGGUGAGCCCAGUUAAAGGAGGUGCUGCAGAGAAGGCAGGGGUAAAAAAGGGUGAACAGCUGGUUUGGAUCAAUGGUGCCAUGGCCUCUGAACUCACACAUUCUGCCAUUAGCAAAAUGGUGAAAAAGAGCAAGGAUCAUGUGACAGUGCUGGUGAUUGACAGUGAGAGUGAAAAAAGUUAUGCCCGCAGAAAAAUGCCCAUUCUGCCAGCCAUGGCUGAUGCUGAGAGCAUGCCUUACCGGCCCCGCAGACUGCAUCUGGUUUUGGGGACUCAGGGGUAUGGCGUCCUGCUUAAACAGGAGAUAAAUAGGGCUGGAUACAUUGCCCACAGGUUGGGCGAGGUGGAUAAAGGGAGCCCUGCUGAACUGGGAGGUGUUAAAGAAGGUGAGCUGCUCCUAGAAGUGAAUGGGGAGCCCACAGACUCACUAAGUCAUGAGGACGUUGUCAGCAAAAUCAAACAGAGUGGAUAUCAGGUCACUCUCACAACCAUUCAACCUCAGGGUAAAGACUUCUACACUAAGUUGGGUCUUUCUCCGUUACUAUUCUGUUUGGAUGUUCCAUCCCAUAGACCUGAAGAAAAAAAGGAGAGCCCAUUGACUCCCCCUGUUGAGCCCCAGAAGGAUGUGCAGAUCAGUCCUGACAUUAGACUCUGUGAGCUGCAGAGGGGUUCACUGGGCUUUGGCUUCAAUUUGGGCUGCAUCCAACAGAAACCUGGCACAUUUAUCAGCCAGGUGACAGCAGGAGGCCCAGGAGGGAGUUCUGGUCUCCUGCAGGGUGAUGUGGUGGUGGAGGUGAAUGGACAGAAUGUGGAGAAUGAGUCUGUGGAGGAUGUGAUCUUACAAGUGAAGCAAGGAGGAAGAUCUCUUUCCUUAUUAGUAGUCGAUCGGAGAGGUUAUGAGUGGCUAAAGACAAAUGAAAAGCCAAUCAGAGCAAACAAUGUAACGACAACCUCUGUGGUGGAGAAAAAUGCCUUCAGUGCUGCUGAACCACCAAUUGAUGAUGUCUGAUUACAAGGCUUAAUCCACGUGCACAUAUACUGUAUGGGACAGCUAUUAAAACUGCCCUGAUAAAUGCAUUGACAUCUGCUUUUUGAGAAUUAUGAAAUAAGUGUUUGGUUGGUUAAUUAGUUUGAACAAGACAACAUCUACACCAAUUUGACUGGAAAGUCUAGUAUACAUGUGUUUAAAAUUGUCUAGCUCUUGGGCAUCAUUGCUUUGACAUAUUUAAUGCAUAAUUAAUGCUGUGAAGAAGAGAAGAGGUUUGACUGAUGUUUUAGGCUAUGAAGUUGUGUCUGGAAAUAGAGAAGUCCAGGUGCAACUGGCUAUAUAACAUUAACUAUUUAUAUCUGAAUCGUUAAUCACUAAAAAUUAUUAUAAUAUUACAAAAUGUUUGCUCACAGUUCUGUUUUUCCCAUUUUCAUUAUAGGUUUUGCCAUAUUGUGUCGUAUUGAAUUGCCAUUUGUGCUUUCAUUUUAAUACCAUAUGAAAUGUCUUUUUAAAAUGAGGGUCAAAUUUGUAAAUAAAUUAAAUAAUAAA